AUGAACACUGAUGCUCAACCAGCCCACCAGCAGCUUGACGGAGCAGAAACUCCAAAAGAUACAGCUCCAGCUUCUUCAGCCCCUUCAGACCAGCAGGUCAUGGUGCCAGCCGCACAACAAUUGUCUCCGUUCGAGAUCAAAAAUAAGGAGAUCCUGCGAAUGGGGACCUAUUUUGGAGGCACCAUGGUCUUCAAUCUGCCAAUGCAAAUGAUGAAUCACAAUCGGCCACUCACGGCUGAGAUGAUACGAGAGUUGCAAGGACCACCAGUAUUCCAGCCGCCGAUGUAUCCGCAACCUCCAAUGUAUUUCCAACAUCCUCCAGCACUCAUGGGUCUUCAGCUUCAGGAGCAGGGAUGGCCAUCGAACAGAAACUAUCGCGGCAAUUACCGCCGACGCGACGAUCGCCACCGCCAUCGCUGCCACAAUUGCUGUCCCAAUCGUCGCAACCAUCGUCGGAGCUAUUAUCAUCAGAACAACUCCCGUGGACGAUUCCAACCAGCCGAACAGCAACAUCGUCAGCAAAAUGUUUUGGGAGACGUUCGGGAAGACCACCAGGGUGUUGUCCGUGCUGAUGGCUCGAUUACUAAUGGCUCGGGACAAACUGAUUUAACCCGCAAGCAGAAACGAGCGAUUGAAUUCAAGGCGAGAUGCAAAUCCUAUAGGGAACAAAACAGAGGAGAACUGAGAAUGGAAUCCCAGGGAGAGUCGAACGAGGGAAUGGAGGCGCAAUCAAGCGCAGAGCCGUUGGGGUCACAAUCGAGCUCAGGGCAGUUGGAGGAGUUGGUGGAAGCAAUGGAAGACAUCAGUGUCUCCAACGAUCCGGGACCGUCCAAUUUUUCGGAGCCAUCAGCCCCGCGCUCUGCAUGGAAGACAAUCGGACCGUAUGUUCCUCCAGAGUAUAUCGUCGUCAAGGCGCCAAACCAAGAGCCAAUGCCGAAAGCCGCGGUCUUGCACAAACGGCAGGAAUCUGGUGACAGUGGUGUGGGAUCUCUGGCGUCAAGCAAUGGAAACGGAAACGAAUCGGGACCGAGAACUUACCGGAAGAAAAUCAAGAGCAAGAAUGAACUCUUGCAAUUGACCAACUUCCAAUUCUAA